UGUGUCCAGAACCCCCAGUAUUCCAGCACCAGCACCUACGUGAUCUUCGCUCACCUGCUGCGGCAGAUCGCGGCGUUGUCCGAGGCCGACCACCACUUCCUGGUUCACUGGCUCAAGAGGCUGUCGGCCAGGCGCUUCCGGCAGCUGGUGGAGCGCCUCCUGCAGUUCAUCUCCACGCGCCUGUUUCCUGCAGAGCCAGAUGAGCUUCCUCCUUCAGCCAAGUGUUCCUGGUGGAUCCCCUCGGCCACCAAAGUGCUCAGCCUGUUCAAUGCAGCCAACAGCGUCUCCUCUCCUCCCAUCAUGCCCUUCACCGACUUCUACAACAUCACUCUGGAGCACAUUGACUUCAUGGAGGACUACAGGACCUGGCAGAACUACGGCAACUCAAACAGGUUUUCUUUCUGUCAGUUCCCCUUCAUCCUGUCGACUGUGGUGAAGAAAGCCAUCAUCCAGAAGGACUCGGAGCAGCAGAUGAUCAGCCAGGCCAGGCUCAGCCUGGUGAGCAAAGUGUCCCGCAGGCAGAGGGUGGACAUGAACCUGCUGUUCCUCAACAUUAAAGUUCGACGAGCACAACUCCUGAGCGACUCGCUGGAUGAGUUGAUGAGGAAACGGUGCGACCUGAAGAAGAAGCUGCGGGUGACGUUUGUCGGGGAGGCGGGGCUUGACAUGGGCGGUCUGACGAAGGAGUGGUUCCUGCUGCUGGUUCGUCAGAUCUUCCACACCGACUACGGGAUGUUUUCCUUCAUGAAGGACUCGCGCUGCCACUGGUUCAGCAGCUGGAAGAGCGACAACUACUCUGAGUUCCAGAUGGUCGGGACUCUGAUGGGCUUAGCGGUUUACAACAGCAUUGCUCUGGACAUCCACUUCCCUCUCUACUGCUACAGGAAGCUGCUCACUCCGCCCACUGUGCCAUCUGAUCCUAAUGCUUUUGUUGGCACGGCAACGGCCACCUUGGACGACCUGCAGCAGGUCAUGCCUGAUCUGGCUCACGGCUUGGCAGAGCUGCUGAGCUACGAGGGAAACGUGGAGGAGGAUUUCUACCUCACCUUCCAGGUGUUCCAAGAGGAGAUGGGCGUAGUCAAAUCCUACAACCUGAAACCGGCAGGAGACAAAAUCCCUGUCACCAAGCAGAACAGGAAGGAGUACGUCCAGCUCUACAUCGACUUCCUGCUGAACAAAUCCAUAUACAAACAGUUUGCUGCCUUCUACCACGGCUUCCACAGCGUGUGUGCCUCCGACGCCCUGAUGCUGCUGCGGCCGGAGGAGGUGGAGAUGCUGGUGUGCGGCAGCCCGGAGUUGGACAUGAGCGCUCUGCAGAAAGCUGCUCAGUAUGAAGGCUACAGCAAGAUGGACGCCACUGUGAGGUUCUUCUGGGACGUGGUUCUGGCGUUUCCUCUGGAGCUGCAGAAGAAGCUGCUGCACUUCGCCACCGGCAGCGACCGCGUUCCCGUCGGAGGAAUGGCCGACCUCAACUUCAAGAUCUGCAAGAUCGACGUUCCGGCAGACUGGCUGCCCGUCUCUCACACCUGCUUCAACCAGAUCUGUUUGCCUCCGUAUCGAACGCGGAAGGAGCUCAAACACAAACUCACCAUCGCCAUCUCCAACGCCGAAGGCUUCGGCCUGGAGUGAAGGCCUGCGGACAGGAACACCAACAGACUGUCACUCUGCGUCUGCCGUGGAUCUCUGUGGAUCAGGAACUGAGCAGGUCCCUUUUUCUCCUGGUCAGACCGGAGCUUUAACCCAACAGCUGAACAACGGCUCAACAAAUCACUUCAUUUCCACAUCAGCUCUGUUGGUUCUGCUUUAACAACCGAUAAACGGAAACCAAAUGGAUCUGCAACACUGUGCAAAAGCUUUACUCAGUUUGCAUGUUUAUUUCCUCAUUGCAGAGCAGAAACAGACGCUUCAGUCAGGAAACUCUGCCUGCCAAGUGCCUUAAAGAGAACCAACCAGCUGCCAUUUUCUAUCCGCUCCUGUUUUAGACCGAUGGUAAAAACCUUUUGCAGUAUUUUUAAAGUUUUGUUUUAUUGAUAAACCUUUUGCACAGUAUUGUUGAUGUUAUCUGGGAUAUAAGUCUGACUAGUCUGAUCAGUGAAAAUAACGUUAAAAAUUCUCGUUUUAAUGUUGUAACACAUGAAGUUUGUGUUGAAGUCAGAACAGUCCAAUCAUCAGAGGGUGAAAACGGUGGAGCCUCUAAUGACAGACAGGAUUGAUUUUGCAGAAAGCAAACAGAAACGCCUGAAGACUAAACUGGACAGCAUCCUCCUGUAAUGGCUGGAUCUGAACAUGGCCUCCCAGUGGUUUAACUCUGAAUGUGUUGCUGAAGGUUUACAAACCCUGAUCAGUUUUUCAGAACAAACACAAAGAUGAGAACCUUUUUGACAUAAAGUAUAAAUGCCUCCAGCUUCAGAAGAUGAAGAUCUGGUGUAAAGUUAAACUAAAACAUCUGAAUAAACUCCUAAACUUUCAUUUUAUGAUCUGCACACCUGAUUCCAUGUAUUUAAAUAUGGCCGCCAUACAGGAAGGCUAAUUAUUUAUGUUGUCAUUGUGUUUUCCAGUUGGUCUCAUGCAACAUGUUUUGCUUUUUGCAAAAAGCUCCCAUUUCUGCUGCAACAUUAACAGCAGAGGCUCCAUCUUAUUGUUUCUCAGGUAUUGAUUUGAAUCGAGAAUAUUUUUUUCUGGUCCUGUUUAUUCGGUUAUGAACGGAUUAAUCAGGAGAAUCGAGGUGUGGAGGUUUAACUGAAGCUAAAGCUCAUGUAAGUAAGCUAGCUUGUUGGACAUAACGGUGUUAACGUUUCCUGUCCUGACGUCUGACACUUUAUGAUUUCCACAAAUGUUUUUUAUUUGCUUUGUUUGCAACACACUGUUACGACUGAACGCUUUACUCUGAAGAAGCUUUUGUAUAUUACGAGACGUAGCUUGUGGCUUAUUUCCUUUGACAUUGCGGCCGGUUGGAUUGAACGCAGGCUGCAGCAGAAGUGUUGCUUUGCGGUGUUUUGUGACGUUCAGGACCUGCAGACCGGCUGGAAGAGGAACCGUCUUCCAGAUGGGCUGCUGAGUUUGUGUGUUUGGUGCUUUUAAAUUAUUACUCCUUGUUUCAGUCCGUCCAGUCCGGGUCCAACUGCACCGCCUCCAGAUCGGUGUUGUCACUUUAUCCACACCUUUCCAGUAACACCUUCCACUUAUCGAUCACUCAGACCAGUUCUGCCGACAACCCGACCUACUGACCCAGUUCUCUAAAGCUUCGGUUUGCCUCGCAGAUCAAAACCUUGGAUCUAGAAAUUAAUCGUCUUCCAGCUGCAGGUUGGAAAGUCAGGGAUGCAUUAAUUAUUUUAUUAGAUUGAACUAAAAAGAAAACCAGUUGAAUACUUCAGUUCAAACUGUUUGUCUCUGUGAAGCGGCCAUGUUGGAUGUAGAGGUUGGUUUCUGACGGAAACAUUAAAGUUGGGAGUUUAAAUUCCAACAUGGGGGUAAAAAAUGCAGCAUUACAGGAUAACUUGAAAACAUCCUGAGCUUGGAUGACACAUCUAAGUUUGGACAGUCUUCAUAUCAGUCACAAUAACACCAGAGUCCAAUAUUAACCAAUAAUCCUGACAUUAUUUGAACGAAACUCAAUAAAUUCUCUGAUAGAUUGAAAUGAUCAACAAGGAUUCCCAGUUUACCGUCUCCUAACUGGACCAACUGGAUUUAAAAUCACGUUUACUAUCACUUCUGCGUUAAAGUCCAGAUGUGAAACAUCAGAACUUGUAUCCGUUCCCCAAACACACCACUGAUCUCAUGCUAUAGCGCUAUAGUUAGUUAAAUGCAGUUGGAUAUCACUGGUUAAUUUUAACUACCGUGGCUAAAAGCGUCAAGUCCAGCAGGAUGAACUCCAGUAACCAGCGGUGGUGGAUCCGGUUCUGGCCCGGUUCUAAUCUGGGUCUCUGGGAGGCUGCGGUCUGGAAAAGAUCCUCACUCAACAACCCAUUCAGUUUUCACCUCAGAGCUGCUUCUCCCCUCGUCUGCAGCCCAGAACGUUCAGCUGAUUCUACCGUCUCUUUCGGUGUUGGUUCUAAAUCUGCGGUGCUGUCUGGUCCAAAGUCCCACAUAGCAAACUGAAGUAUCCCGGCAACCGUCGAGAAACUUCUCUGGCUGCACUGUCCAAAUUUACAUGGCUGUAAUCUGGGUCACUCAUUCACUCAGCCAACAAUGGAUCCUCUAUGUUAUGUAAUGAUGGGGCUGGAGCUGCUCUCUGCUGAGAGACGGACCGGGCCAGAACCCCAGAACCGGGCCACCGGUUAAGGGCCGGACUCUGACAUGACUCAGAAAUGUGUUUGACUUUGACUCGGUUCUGUUGUACUUCAAAUGGACCAAACUGUGUCAGGUUAUACAGUGGAGGAGUGAAGACCCGUUUGAAAAUAGUUCUGACUGGGUCCCGGGUUUGUUGAGAUGUAAUUAUUUUCUCUGGUCAGGUGUUUAAAUUAAACGCAGACGGAUCGGAGGAGGAGCAGCUGGCCCGUGCUUGACCCGGUUUGUAAACCCGCUGUGGCUUUUGUUGCUGUGUAAUGUACGAUGAUGUGACUCCACAGAUAUUUGCAAUAAACCCAAACGAAGGCUCACGCCUCCUGAUAACGGCG